UAUGCCAAGAGGCAUUGUUUUUUUAUUUACUACUUGAAAGGCAUCGGUGUUAGAUAAUAUGAUGACAUAAUUGGUGGGUUGAUGGGAGCUUUACGAAGGGCGGAGGUGGAAAAAAAGUGGAGAAAGUGUUGGUAGUGGUGCCCGCCGCGCGCUCCUCCUCCUCCUCCUCUCUACUGCUACUGCCGGUGGGGAUAGUGAAGUGAUCUUUUCGUUGGCUACCUCACGACGCAUAUAAUCGACUGACCUGUCACUUUCAUUUGCUGCAAGAGAAAGGGUCAAGUGUGGCUGUGACGUCACGGGUGGCUGGUGGUGUGAUUGGCUAGGGUGUGACGCCACGGGAGGCGAGCAGUGUGACUGGUUGGCGUGGCGUGAGGGGGCGUGGCUUAAGCGAGUCCUCUACGGUCAGCCCGCUAACCUCAGUUGAAGUGAAGGAGUGAACGAGGGAGGUGGUCGUUUGCGUGCUCCGGCAGACGUCGUGUGACUUUGGACACUCGAACACUUCCUUGAGGGAUAUCACCCGUGCUUAGUGUAUUCUCUCAAGAGCUAAGUGUGAGGGUAUUCAUAAAUCACGAUGUCGGGUUUAGGUGACAGCGAAGUAACAGAAUGGUAUAGAAAUAAGACAAUCUUCAUCACUGGUGGAACAGGUUUUAUGGGAAAGGUACUGGUGGAGAAACUACUUCGAGCAUGUAACAUCAGAAGGAUCUACCUGCUCAUGCGGCCCAAGCGAGGCGUCGACGUCAACCAGCGCCUCGACGACAUGUUCAAUUUCCAGGCCCCGCAAGAGGCAUCUGUCUCCUCGCUGGGCAGAUCCCGCACCAAUGAAACCACGCUGUAUGAUAAAAUAAAGGAAUUACAGCCAGAAGUAAUCCAGAAGGUGUUUGCUGUGAAGGGAGACAUCACGAUGGAGGGCCUCGGCCUCAGUGACGAGGACGAGGCCAGGCUGGUCAACGAGGUGGAGGUCAUCUUCCAUGCUGCUGCAACUAUUAACUUUACGGAGCCCAUGCGGGUAGCGGUGAACAUGAACAUGCUGGGGACUAAGCGUGUUGUGAGUCUGGCGACAAAAAUGAAGAAAUUGGUGUCUCUGGUGCACACUUCAACUGCAUACAGCAACUGUCACCUGCCCGAAGUUUAUGAGGAGCUGUACCCAGCACCAAUUGAUCCUGCCCGCCUUAUACAACUGACAGAGUGGCUCGAUGACAAACUGUUAGAAUCGCUGACACCUCAUUUAGUGUCUCCACGCCCAAAUACCUACACAUACACUAAAGCCUUGGCUGAGCAUAUCCUAGUCAAUGAUGGUGGAAGAUUACCCAUUUCCAUUAUUAGACCCUCUAUUGUAUGUGGAGCAUGGCGUGAACCUGUUCCUGGUUGGGUCGAUAACCUGUUUGCAUUUACUGGUUUGCUGGUAGGGAUGGGUAAGGGAGUUCUUAGAUCCCUGUACAUCAAACCAGGAAUAACAUUAGACUUCAUACCCGUUGAUGUGCCCAUCAACCUGAUGAUUGUUUCAGCAUGGAACACCGCUGUUGGAAAAUACAAGCCAAGACCAGUGCCAAUCUUCUGCUGUUCUACGGGAUCACAAAAGCCCCUAACGAGUGAUUCACUAGCAGCACACUUACAGAGGUCGGUACGCUCCUUUCCCUUCAACUCGCCACUGUGGUAUCCUGAUGGCUCGGCCAAGACCACCAAGUUGAUGCAUCAGAUCCAUGUGUAUCUAGUGAACAUCAUCCCAGCACACAUUGCCGAUACCAUAAUGUGGGUUCUUGGAAAAAAGCCAAUUGCUGUGAAACUGUGCAACCGGAUGGUAAAGGCAGUCAGUGCUUUGGAGUACUUCAUGCUUCGAGAUUGGGUCUUCCACAAUACGCAGACUCAGUGCCUGUGGGACACACUUUCUCCUGCUGACAAAGAAAUAUUUCAUUUUGAUGUAGAUGAUCUUGACUGGGAUGAAUAUAUUGAGACCUAUCAAAAAGGCUGUAAGCAGUAUAUCAUGAAAGAGAAUCUUGAAGAUAUACCAAAAGCUAGAAAAGUAAUGCACGUUAUGCACUUCUUCCACCGCCUUGUACAGUUAGCAAUGAUGUAUGGUGUGUGGUGUGUGUUAUCCUCAGACUCUGCCACCAGUUGCUAUACUCUCUUCUUCAGUGGUGCCUCAAAGCUGCUUUCACUCUCUCCUAUUUUGGCAGCAGCAGAAGAGGUAGACGUUGAAGUUGAUGUUUUAUAAAUUGUAAUGAAAGUCACUUGGUUAUCUAGGAUACAUCCGGAGGUUUGGUCAGUGAAUGAGUUACAUCUCUUCCCUAGGUAUGUUUCCUAGACUGGCCCUAGUGAUGACAUCUAGGUGUGUACAAUAAUUCCAAGGAUAUUCCUAAGUCGAUUACAGUGACUAAUAGACAGCUACCCCUGCACUCGAAGAAUAAUCUCUAAAGGCUUGCGUAAUGAAUGAGAUAGUCACAUCAGAAUCCUAAGAAUGGAGUUGUGGCCGAGGUGACGUCAUCCAAGCGGUAGCUCGCUCAGACACCACACUGACAUAAGCAUCUACCUCGUGAGCUCUGAUCGAGGCACUGAGGAAGGCCUCGCCUUUGUGCCCCAACUAAUUGGGCAUUUUGCUUGCUAGUGGAUCCUCCUUGGCAACUGAACAGAUCGUACCUUAUGCUUGUCCUUCAAAAUACAGCUUUUCAGGGAAAGUUCUUCUACAUGCAGAAGACUUCUGUCCAUUAUUUGUAAUGCUAUAUUAACAAGCAUUUGGGAAAUUUGUUGCUAAUAUCUAAGGUAGGACAUUUAUUAGUGUAAACCAUGUAGAGUAUGGAGUGGUAUUUGGAGGCCACAAUUAAGCAACAUCUUGUAAACGAAUGCUCAAAUUACCAGAGUUCUGGUUUAUUAGGUAUUAGUGAUACAAGUAAUACCUCGUUUUGUAAAUAGUAUAAAGCAUGUAACAAUUUUCUGGCCCAAAAAUGUAAAUCGUCAGUAUUUUAUAUUAUAUACUGUAAAUGUUUUUAAUUACAGCAAUGAAGUUGAGUCGUUGUUCAUUUGUCAGUAAUUAAUAUAAAUAAUAAUUAACAAUACAGUAAAUGUAGUACGGUUCUAACUGACUGUAAAGCAUGUUUAUGUAUAAUGUUAGGUUAAGGUUGCAUUUUACUCAUUGUCAUGACAAUACUUUAUCACGUUAAAUUUCAUUUCUAGAAGAAAAAUCAAUAAACCUGAGCAUGCAUGAAACAUAAGAUUACUUAUGUAUACCAAAUUUUAAGUUCUCAGGUUAUUUGAUUUUCUGAUUGGAUAGUGAUGGUCUUGGCCAUUCUUGUUAUGCAGGUCUAGUUGUGGUGGGUCUUGGGUGUUAACUGGGUGGUGAUAUUUACAGAACCUAAUGGCAUACAGUAAUGGAAUGUAAUGAAUCGUGUCUUGACAGUUCUUGUAUAAUUUGUGCAUGGAUGGUUCUCGGUUUGCAUUGUGGUAAUGUUCCUGUACAAUCUGUGUAAAGCAAAGUUCAAUGCUUCAUAAUAAUCAUGCCUUACAGGCAGCAUAAAACUCUCCUUUUCUUGGAUCUUUCUUUGCAAUCAUUCUUAAUGUAAAAAUCUGAGAUGCUGAGUCCCCUCCCUCCCUCCCUUCCUUUCCCAAACACCUGGUUUCCAGUUUUCAUAAAGCUCCUAAAAAUUGGAAAUGUGGAAUUUAAUAAACCUGUGGGAUUAUUCCCGCAUUCGAAUUUUGGAUAAAAUUUCAUGCCCACAUAUUGCUUACGUAAACAGCUGAAUGUAUGGCUUGAGAUUAAAUAUCUAUUGGAAGCAGCAUCCAACUUUUAAAAGCCCCUCCUCCUAAUUAUUUUAUUUGGGUAUGUUUAUGCAUCCCAUCAUUUGCUCUUGGAGCUGUGAACUGUAAUUUCUUUCAUCACUUCUGGCUCAAAAGUUCAUUAAACUUGUUUGCCACUCAUUGCAUAUUCAGGCUCAUUCAUGCUUCAAAUGUCAUAUGUUCCCAUUAUUCUAUUGCCCCUUACCUGUUUUCACUUUGUCUAUUUGUCUAAAUUUCAUGUAUGGUGUGAUUUAAUUGUCUUUGCCUGUUUGAAUAAUUUCUCUUGCCGAUGAUAACGCAACAUAAUUUUCAUCUUGUGCUUUAGCAUGCUGGAGCUUUCUUCUAGGUCUGGUCUAAUGUAUAGUGUGUGUAGUAUUUUGAAGGAGGAUUUUUUGCUUUAGUUCUUGAAAGCCUUGUUCUGAAUAUGCAACUUAUGUUAUUCUGUUGAUAUAGGCCUUUGGUUUUAGGUGGGUGCAAUAGCUACAUCCAGCUCUACCUUUUUUUGAUUCCUGCAAUGGCUCAAGUUUAUGAUCUGCAUACAUUGCCAUUUCAUUUACUUCAGGAGGCCAUUUACAAACAUCAGUAUUGAUUUAAUUACCAAACCAUGGAGGGACCUUGCUUGCCACUUCCUCUCUCAAUAGGACACGUUACCCAUUUGAUACACUAAUGCUGUUCAAUCUCUCGUUACUUCAUUUUUCUUUUUCUUUUUUUUAAAUUUGUGUAGAAAGUUUGGCAAUCUAGGAAGUUUCUUAAAUGUAAGCUCAUUAUUUUGCAGGUAUAGGGUAAUUUCCAAUUUGUUAGCAUAUUGUGUAUAUAGUAGAGCAUUAUGUAGUGCUGUAUCUAUGCUGCUGCUUCCAAUAUCCAAAGCAGAUUUGAUUUUGGCUGACUCCCCUGCUUAAAUCCAAUUUUUUCAAAUACAUUUUCAAUUACCACCAUUGAUAAUGGUUUCAACACUUGGAUCAUUGGCAAAAUCUCCAGAAUCUAUCAUAAAGUUCUUCAAACAUCAAAUUGCUUUAGCAUAUUCCUAAUUAACAACGUUGUUUGCUGUUCAUUUUCUACUUGUAUGGCUGUGUAAUAGCAGUAGCUGACCUCUGGCUUUAGCUGCCAUCCCUGCAGGCACAGUUUUGAAACAUUCAUAAUUGUAUAAAAAAUUUUAAUCCUAAUAUUUAACAUGGAAGGGGAAGAUUUUUUUUUGUUUACCUUAUAGAAGGUUUUUUGCAUCAUACCCCUUGCCAAUUUUGAUGAGCAUGUCUGCCACUGUAAAUUCAUAUUGUAUACAUAUAUAAAAUGUGUAUUUCACUGUUGAAACAGUGUGGUUAGGCCAAAAGCUUGAAGGUUGACUCUGAUUCAUAGUUGUUUGAAAGUUGUACAAUUGUUUCCAGUUGUAAAUAGUGUUAUAUGCUUUAGGAAGUAGUUAACUAGGAUUAAAUAAUAACUUAGAUUUGUAAAAAUUUGUUUAAGAAAUGGACAAAAUAUCAUUGUUAAUAUUGUUUUACAUGAAAUACAUGUCACUUGACAACUAUUUACAGUAUUUUGAUAUCAGUUUAUUUAUGAAAUUAAUUUUAGUUAAUUUUAGGCAACUGAUGUUGGACCAAAGCCAUUUGAGAGAACUUGUUGCCUGUAUCUUAUUCUUUUUUUAUUUAAAGCAAUGUACAGUGACUGAUAUAUACUUCAUUGCCAGUAACUUGUCUUUUAAGCAUCUAGUGUAAAUAGCACUGAAUUGUAUAUGUUGGCGUCAGCAGUCACGAAUAUGAGAAAUAAUAUGUAUAAUAUAUAUUGUUUAUAUUGAGCUUUUCCUUCAUGAUAAGUAGCUGUACUACCAUGAGGAAGAUUGAAGUACUUUGCAAUUUUGAAGGCAUCGCCAGCAGCUGCUGUUCUCACUUCUUGAGUCUAGGGACAACAGCAACAUUGUGAUGCUGCAAUAUUGUCUUGUACUCUUUAUUUUAAUUUUGGUUAUCACUAUAUAUAUACUGUAUAUAUAAUGAACAUCACAAUUAUCGUAUGUUUUAAUAAUUAAGCUGUAAUUUGAAUUACCACAUGUACAAUACUUUUUUCUAUUUAAUGUUUAUUCACUGAAUACACUAUAAAGAAAAAAAAACUUA